ACCAGUCAUGCCUUGUUUUAGCUGUAGUAGCUGCCUCUCUGUUCUCCCCAUUGAGGAGAUGGCAGGUUAAAAGGGAGGCCUCACACUGGAGUAAGAGGCCCAGAAGAGGAAGGGACACGUCUCAGACACUACUCUCCAUGGUUCAUUGGUGGCUACACAAAUCCAGCAUGGGUUGACAGGAUCCCACGCGGUAUCUGACAGCACACUGAAAGAUCUACAAUGAGUUGACUUUGGAAUUUGAAUGUAUAUGUGUGUGAACUGAGAAAGAUGCGGGGUCAGAAGCCUGAUGUUGAGGAGCUGCUUAGGCAGUCUCAGACAGAGCUGCUGUGGAUCCAAAGGCAGCUGUCAAUCAUCGCAGCACGGAAUGCCAGUCACAUCCGGGCCAGAGAGAAGCUGAAGCUCGAGGUCCUUCCCCCACACCUGUGCACUGCUUCAGCUCACAAUGUGAACCGCUUCCGCCUUCUGGAGGAGAGGAACAGAGACCGUAAGAUAGAGGUGGCAACCCAAAAACAGCAGAAGCAACACUACAGAUCCCUGGAGACAGAAGUGAGUGACAGGAAGAGGCGUCAGCUCCUCGAGAGGGAGGCGAAGAACAAGAUCUUAGCAUUCCAGUCUUUGAAGCAUGAGCUGCAGGAUGCCUUGCAGGAGAGGAAUCGCUUCCAUCGCAGCUUGUACAGCCACAGCCUGAAGGCAGUGCGGUAUGAACAGGUGAAGUCAGAUUAUGAGCAGCUCAGAGAGACUUUCAACACUGUAAUUCAGGAGAGAAACUUGGCAAGGCAGGAAAAAGCUGAGCUCCAACACAAACUGGACAACCUUGAGCAGGCCCUUAAGUACAUGCGAGAGGCUGCACAGCAGAAGCAGCAGUUAGAGUCAGAGCAUGAGCAGGCCCUGGCUAUCCUCAGCUCCACACAGCAGGAGAUCCAGCUUCUGCAAGAGGCUCAGGUUGUGACUGAUAAAGAGCAUGAAGGGAAGGUCCAUUUGCUAGAGGUCAAAAUUCACAACCUGGAACAGAAAUGCCGGUCUGAGAGUGAAAAGUGUAACAUUUUGUCAAACAAGCUGAAGAAAUUUCACCUGGGGUCAGACACUUCAGAAUUUCUGACUUCUGAUCCCAGGAGCUGUCCAGAGAUUUGCUGCUUGCCCCAGAACACUCUCUGCCACAUUCUCAGCGAGCUCCACAACCAUAGUGGGAAAGGUGAUGACCGCUCUACAGACCCCCUGCUAAUCUCUCAGCUCCUCCAGCCACUGCAGGUCAGCAAAGACAAACCUGAACUGGCCAUCAAAGCUACCACCCACACCCGGAACCUAUCCCGGAGCCCCCUUCCAGUGAGCACCUCAGAGAUGGAUAAUGAGGUGAGUCCAGCUCCCAGGUCUAAGGCGCGAUAUACGGGUCAGGUCCGCCUGUGCACUGCCCGCUACAGCUAUAACCCCUAUGAUGGACCCAAUGAGCAUCCGGAGGCUGAGCUGCCUCUCGUUGCUGGGAAGUAUCUCUACGUGUAUGGAGACAUGGAUGAUGAUGGGUUCUAUGAGGGUGAGCUGCUGGAUGGCCAGCGUGGCCUUGUGCCCUCCAACUUUGUGGAGUUCGUCCAGGACAAAGAGAAGCCAUCUAUAGAUGGGCCGGAGGACCACAUCCAGCUGGAGCAUGGCUGCCUAAACCUGACUACCUUAGACGGAGGCGUUUCUCUGGAAAGCCUGAGCACCGACCCCCUUGGUCCCUGCAGCAACGGAACUGGGGCUCUGGAUGCCGAGGAGCUGGCCGACGACGUUGUGCCUUAUCCGAGAAAGAUCAGCUUGAUCAAACAGCUUGCCAGGAGCGUCAUAGUGGCCUGGGAGUCUCCUCUGGUCCCCCUGGGCUGGGGCAACAUUAACGGAUACCAUGUCUUGGUGGACGGGGAGGUGCGUUCCACUGUGCCCUUCGGGGGCCGGACCAAGCUGCUCCUGGAGAAGCUGGACUUGGCUGUCUGCACCUAUCGUGUGUCCGUACAGAGCGUGACUGACCGCGGUGUGUCGGAUGAGCUGCGCUGCACCAUGCUGGUGGGCAGAAACGUGGCGGUCGCACCCACGGGCUUGCGCCUCGACGACAUCAUGCGGGACUCGGCAGAGCUCUCCUGGCUGCCAAGCAACAGCAACUAUUCACACACCGUGGUGCUGGAUGGGGUGGAGCAUGCAGUGGUGAAGCCCUGCUGCUACAGGCUGCGCUUCACCAACCUAAAGGCUGCCACUGUGUACAAGGUGAGGGUGGUGGCCAAGCCCCACCAGGUACCCUGGCACAUGCCACUUGAACAGCGGGAGAAGAAGGAGUCUGGGGUGGAGUUCUGCACCCAGGCUGCAGGGCCCCCUUUGCCACCCCAUGAGGUGCAUGUCCAGUGUGGUCAGGCUCCAGGGAUACUCCAGGUCCACUGGAAGCCGCCUCCGUUAACUCCCACUGGGACUUCGAAUGGUGCCAAUGUCAUUGGCUAUGCAGUUUGCACAAAGGGCCAGAAGAUCGCUGAGGUGUUGUACCCACUGGCAGACUUUGCAACAGUGGAGCUGAACCACCUCCAGUGUUUGGAGGCCCAUGAAGUUGUGGUCAGGACUUUAUCAGCCCAAGGGGAAUCCCAGGACUCUCCGGUUGCUGUCAUUCCCAGCAACCUGCUCGUGCCCCCUCCCCAAGCCCAUCACAUUCAAGCCCCUCUUCCACUCCAGCCUGCUCAGCCUCUGCCCCCUCGUGCUGCCCUGCUGCCUCCCAUACAGCCUCUAGCUCCUCACACCUGCCCCCAGCCACAUGCCUACCUCCAACCCCUCCCGGUUCACCCAAACCAGCUGCCCUCUCAUCUACAGGGUCAUCCAAUGCCUCCACCCCCUCAUUCUUUUCCCCAGCCCACUAUCCCAAUUCCCCAGCCCACUAUCCCAAUGCCCCAGCCCCACAUUCCGCAGAUGACUCUUCCUCAACCACAGAGACCACUAAGUGCCAGAGAGCUGGAAACCAAAGAACAGUCACCGGGCCUGCUCCACCCUGCUGGGGGUCCACAUCAACCAUGGGAGCCCACAUGUUCUCUGUCUGGCCUGUCCUCAACCCUGCCGCACGGGCACACCCUUGAGGCCCCACAGUGCCCUAGCCACCGUUCACCGUCUCCCCAGAGAAUACUCCCCCAGCCCAGGGGCACACUCAUCCCUGACACCAUGGCCAAGGCCAUCGCUAGGGAGGCUGCCCAAAGAGUGGCUGCAGAGAGCGGUCGGAUGGAGAGGAGAAGUCAGGGCGUUCACUCUCAGAACUCAGAUGAGGAAGAGGAUGAGGAAAGCUAUCAGUCCCGCAGAAGAGGAGCAUCUGUGGAUGACUUCCUCAGGGGUUCUGAGCUGGGCAGGCAGUCCCAAUACAGUCACAAUGAAGAGUACCACACUGAAAGCAGUCGGGGCUCUGAUCUAUCUGAUAUCAUGGAAGAGGAUGAGGAGGAGCUGUACUCGGAAAUGCAGCUUGAGGAAGGGCGUCGGCGCGACUCGCACAGUGCUCAUAAGCCUGGAGGGAACACAUCUUCAGGAAGACCGAAUCGGGACUCUUCUCGGAGGCCCGCACAUAGUGCUUCUCAGCCCCAGCGAACACCUCUUAUGGUCCCAUCUAUUGAGAUAACCACUGAGAGUAACAGUGAGGGCAACCUCUCUCCGCACAUGGAGGAUGUUUACUAUGGCAGUAUAGCACGGCACAGGACACGGCCCUCACGGAGGCCUGGGGGCGCCAGGCCUCCUCAUGAUGCUUACAGAGAUCAAAGGCGCCAUUCCCCUCCAAGCUAUGAUGAGUCGGAACCUGAAGACCCCUUCCGUAUCUUCGUAGCAUUGUUUGACUAUGACCCACUCUCCAUGUCCCCGAACCCAGAUGCGGCUGAUGAAGAGCUUCCUUUUAAAGAAGGACAGAUCAUCAAGGUGUACGGGGAUAAGGACACCGACGGAUUUUAUCGGGGGGAGAUUCGUGGCCGCUCUGGCCUCAUCCCGUGUAACAUGGUGUCGGAGAUUCGAGCUGAGGAUGAGGAGACUAUGGAUCAGCUCAUGAAGCAGGGCUUUCUUCCCCUCAACACUCCUGUGGACAGAAUAGAGCAGAACAGAAAAGGUGGUCGCCACCCUGUGGCUACUAGAAGAAUGGUCGCCCUUUACGACUAUGACCCCAGAGAGAGCUCCCCAAAUGUGGAUGUUGAGGCAGAGCUAACAUUUUGUGCUGGUGACAUCAUUGCUGUAUUUGGGGAGAUAGAUGAGGAUGGAUUCUACUAUGGUGAGAUUAAUGGGCACCGGGGCCUGGUUCCUUCCAACUUUCUAGAAGAAGUGCCUGAUGAUGUGGAGGUUUAUCUCACGGACACGCCAUCACGCUAUGAGCAGGAAGAGCCGGUGCCACCACCACCACGCCCCGACACCAAACGGGUGCCUGUGGAAAAUCCCGUUCCGGCGCCAGCCCCCGGAAGACCAGCGUCGCCCACUGUGCGUCCCCUGCUCCCUGUGGGCCCCAUCAGGCCCCUGAGCCCUGCCCGGGGCCCCCGAGACCUGACCUCCAAAAAGAAAAAAGGACUGCUCUCGAAAGGAAAGAAACUGCUGCAAAAGUUCUCAAAGUAAAGGUCAAUGAUUCGAACACAGACACAAGAACAGAGACAUCUUCAUAUGAGGUGUAAUCAAAAGGGCAAAAAAGAGGCUCUGCUACAUCAAUGAAGUCGGAAGUGCAGUGUGAAUUUCUUCAAUUAUUAUACAGUACUGUUCAUAUUAAUGCAGCAAGCACAUAUAUUAGGAUGCUUGGCCUUUUGGGCAAAAAGCAUUGAAAUGUGUUAAAAUAGUUGUCUCCUGAUAAAACGAUAUCUUCUUUCAAGGAUGUAGAAGAUAAAAAGAUUAAAGAAAAUCUUUACUACAUUCUAGUACAAAUUACCCAGUCAGUGUUAUUGUUUAUUAGUUCUCGACAGAACAUGGAGGCAUAAAUUAUAUGAUCCACUUUAACUGGCAUGUAUAAGAUGCCAAAUUAGACCGUUAAUCUUUAAAAACAGUCAAAGUUAGUCCACAGACAUAGACCUCGAUCCAUAGUUCUAGAAUGGUAAACUAGAUGCUAUUAUGAGAGACAUGUUCAAAAUAUAUAAGUUGAACUAAGAGGAAGACCUUUUAAAUAACGCAGUGGCCUUCACCAAAUCACAAUAAGCAUAAUCUUUUAGUACCUACAUCUGAUCUUUUAUCAAUACCAGUCUUAGCCAAGAACCCAAGUUUCGCUCACUCACGCCUGUGCAUACUUGUAUGUGUUGUAUGUGCUUCACCGUAAUAUCUUGUUAUGAAAGGUUCUUGAAAUCCUAUACUCGCCUUCCAAAUGCACAAAGGUGUGGUGAGCGAUACAGAAGAAGUUAUAUAAAUGUGUGUGUGUGUGUGUGUGUGUGUGUGUGUGUGUGUGUGUGUGUGAGUAUGUGAGUGUUUCUGUGUGCGUACACAUUAGUGUGUGUGUAUGUAUGGAUAGAAUUUGUCCUACAUGUUUGUGCAUCCCUUAAACUGAAAAGCGAAAACAUAGUUAAGUGAUCAAGUGCUGUUCUGCAAACUACACAGUGUCUCAUUUUUUGUAACUUGUUGGUAGGGGUGUUAUCCUCUAAAAAACAAACAAACAAACAAAAAAUCCCAACAUCUAUAGAAAGAUGUAUUCGUGUUUCACGUUCAGCACAUGCCUCUUUCCGUGCACUUUAGGUCGGCUGUAUGAACAUGGCCUAUGCCUGAAUGACUUCUCCUUAGUGCUAAAGCUAUCGUUGGUGGCUUUUCCUGAGAGCUUUACUGCUUUCCACAAACCCUCAAUAUUAAUGCGCAUUCAGUGAACAAGUAGUAUGUUGAGGUGUUAAAACAGAUGCAUUGGCAGA